AACAUCAUGUUGCCUGAACUUUGACAAAUCUGACAGGCCAGUUGGUAACCCGAUAUAUGGAAAAAUUGGGGGUUGCCACCUUCUGCUCCUCAUGACGAUCAACCAUGGUGAAGGUCCCUCCGGGUUUUAUCUACAUUGCACGUCGACUUCAUCGUCUGGUCCGCCCUCUAGUUCUCGUCUAUGCUAGCUCUAAGAUUUGGGCAAUCGUCUUCGACAAACCACUCCCUCGCUGGCUGAGGGUCUCCGCGUAUCUAUUUUCCAUCCCCAUAGCAAUGGCAUGCAGCGUCCUCUACGCCGACCUACGUGAUAGGAGGGAAGCAGCACUUCGAGGUUCUGUCCUUGUCCCGCGAGUGCAGAGUAGGUGGCCUGGUGGCUUCCACAUCCUUCUCUCACUCGCUCGGGCCUUUCGGAAGGGGCACAUUGGAGAGCCGUUUGACCGGUACUGUCAAGAGUAUGGCCCCGCUGUCAAUGUUAGGUUCAUGUUCGAGAACCGGAUUUUUACGACGGAGCCCGAACAUAUCAAAGCAAUUCUCUCCACGCAGUUCAAUUCUUUUGAAAAGGGUCCGGUGCUUCGGGACCAACUAAACGCUCUACUUGGAACUGGAGUGUUCAACUCGGAUGGCGCAACAUGGAAAUUCCAUCGCUCGAUGACUCGACCGUUCUUUAGCAAAGAGCGGAUUAGUCACUUUGAUACAUUCGAAAAACACGCCGAAAACGCUCUCAAUCAAGCGAAAGCCAGAUUCAAGGAGGGCUACCCUGUGGACUUCCAGGAUAUGGUUGGCCGGUUUACCCUGGACUCGGCAACCGAGUUUUUGUUCGGGAAAAGUGUUCGCUCGCUUUCCGCAGGAUUGAUCUAUCCAAAAGAAUCGUUACCAGAGCGGAAUAAGCCCUAUGUAAACCACCCGUCGAACGUUUUCGUCCGUGCGUUCUUGGAAGCGCAAUCUCAGGUUGCGUUCAGGGGUCGUUUGGGAUCUUUUUGGCAUUUGGCAGAGUUUUGGAGCGAUCGCGUCCAGAAGGAAAUGAAGGACUGCCACAAGUUUAUCGAUCCUAUCCUCAAAGACGCUUUGGAAAUAAAGGGCAAGCAAUCUGCCGGACAGAUGUGCGCCGAGACGAAAGGAGGUCUUGAGGAUACACUGCUCGGACAUCUCGUUAACUGUACUGAAGAUCUCACCGUCAUUAGGGAUGAGAUUGUGAACAUCCUGAUAGCAGCACGUGAUACCGUAAGUUGUCUGGCUGAUAUUUGCAUUUGUUCGUUUCAACCCAAGCUAUGCCAGACGGCGUCUGCUCUGACAUUCCUGGUUUACAUGCUCUCCCAGCACCCAGACGUUCUGGAACGGCUUCGUGCGGAGGUUCUCAGCAACGUUGGGAGUUCUAGAAGACCGACAUAUGAUGACGUGCGGGACAUGAAGUAUAUGCGAGCUGUCAUCAAUGAAACUCUUCGUUUAUAUGCUCCCGUUCCCUUCAAUGCUAGGACAAGCGCAGAAGCAGCGGUAUGGCCCGGCGUGAAUGGGGGUCCUCCUAUUUAUAUUCCACCAAACGCGCGGACCCCGUAUUCUGUGUUCCUUAUGCAUCGUCGAGAAGAUCUUUGGGGUCCCGAUGCCGAAAUUUUCGAUCCGGAUCGCUUCCUUGAUGAACGAUUGAAGUAUCUAACAUCGAAUCCGUUCAUUUUUCUCCCCUUCAAUGCAGGACCCAGAAUUUGUCUAGGUCAACAAUUUGCGUACAACGAGAUGUCGUUUUUCCUCGUUCGUCUAUUGCAAACUUUCUCUUCCAUAACGUUGGCAGAAGACGUCCAGACUCGACCCCAUGCAGAAUGGGGCAAAGGAAUAGGACGCAAUUCACAGGAAAAAGUGAUAAUCAGAUCUCACCUUACCUUGUAUGUGGAAGACGGUUUAUGGGUAAGGAUGGGGGAAGUUGGUGAUGCUGACAACAUAUGAUACCGGUCAUCAGCUGAGAAUAUGCAUGGUGGUGGUAGUCAAUUUCAACAGUAAUUGUUGUAAAUAGCCUUCCCCACUGGUCCGCACAAACAAAUAAACGUACAAGUACGAUCACCAUUACA